UCCCCUAUCUUUCUUAUAACAUCGGAUUUCUCCUAAAAAUUUGAAAAAAUACAAAAUAAAAACCUUGAUCUCCAACUUUCAUGGCCCCAAAACUUCUGCCACCAAAACAACUCCAAAACCUACGUUUCUUUAUCACAAGGUCUCUCCACACCUCCUCCUCCUCCUCCCCGUCCCUGUCCUCGUCCUCUAUAUCCACCGCCGCCGCAGUCUCCCCUCUAAACUUGGCUGAAAAACCUGAACCCGCUUUUCAAAAACCACUCACCGCCAUUCAAGAUCAUGCAAAACCAUCAUCUAUCCUAGACUUUCAUGACCACCAAAAACUUUUCUCAAAUUUGCCAACCACCAAACUCUUGCAUGCAUCUUUAAAUCUUUACCUGGCUUCUAUAAGUCCUAUGGUUGAUUUUGGGAUGUGGGUUAUGAACUCUAGGCUUAUGGAGACAGAUAAUAUUUUACGUGCUGCUAUGAUAAAGACCGUAAGGCAUACGUUCUUUGAACAUUUUUGUGCUGGAGAAGAUGUUGUUGAGGCAGGAAGGUGUAUUAAGAAAGUUAAUGAAUCUGGUUUAAGAGGGAUGUUGGUUUUCGCUGUUGAAUAUACAGGUGAUAAUGAUGCUUGUGAUCAGAAUUUGAAAGGGUUUCUUGAUACUGUUCAAUCUGCCAUGUCUCUUCCUCCAUCUUCUGUGAGCAGUGUGGUGGUAAAGAUCACAGCAAUUUGCCCCCUAAGCUUGUUAGAGAGAGUUAGUGAUUUGUUAAGGUGGCAACAGAGAUAUCCUUCUUUCAACCUUCCAUGGAAACAGAACAGUUUUCCACUUUUUUCUGAUUCAAGCCCCUUGUAUCAUACUCUUAAAAAACCAGAACCAUUAACCCCACAAGAAGAGCACGAUCUCCAAUUAGGCCAGGAGAGAUUGUGGAAACUAUGUGAAAAAAGUGUCCAGGCCAAUAUCCCAUUAACGGUGGAUGCAGAGAAAACAGCUAUUCAACCUGCCAUUGAUUACUUGACAUAUUCGGCAGCGAUCAAGUACAACAAAGAUGAUAAUCCCAUUGUGUAUGGCACAAUUCAAGCCUACUUGAAAGAUGCAAAAGAGAGAUUGUUACUUGCAACUAAAGCUGCUGACAAAAUGAGAGUCCCUAUGGGGUUUAAGGUAGUGAGGGGUGCUUACAUGUCUAGUGAAAGUAAAUUAGCCUCUGCAUUAGGUUAUGAUUCUCCCAUUCACAAUAGUAUUCAAGAGACACAUGCUUGCUACAAUGAUUGUGCUUCGUUCAUGCUUGAAAAGAUCGCUAAUAGCUCGGAUGCAGUCAUUCUUGCAACACAUAAUGUUGAAUCAGGGAGAUUGGCAGCAACGAAGGCACUAGACCUGGGGAUUAGAAAGGGGAAUCCAAAGCUUGAGUUUGCACAGCUAUAUGGAAUGUCAGAUGCACUUUCAUUUGGUUUAAGCAAUGCAGGUUUUCUAGUUAGCAAGUACAUGCCAUAUGGACCUGUUGAGAAGGUUAUCCCUUACCUUCUAAGGAGGGCUGAAGAGAAUAGGGGACUAUUAUCUACUUCAAGCAUUGACAAGGAACUCAUGAGGAAGGAGUUGAAGAGAAGACUUAAAGCUGCAAUCUUCUGAAGUGAAAGUUCAAAGCUUUGAGCGACAAGCCGACAACAAGGUCUAGAAUUGGAAGAUGACAGAAAAUGUACAUAUGUAAUCAAAAGCAAAUUGCUCACUAGAACAAAAACAGUUCACGUUAUCUUGAAAAAAUAAUGUUCAUAGCAAUCUUGCAGCA